AUGAGCGGCGGGCCGUCUGGUUUCCGUAAGCGCUCUCCUGACUCUGAGAACUCCGCGGGCUUAGAUUUCCUCGUAGAUUUUCCCCCGCUCUUAAAAUCAGUCCAAUAUGUGAAGCUGUGUUUCUCCCAGACAAUGCUCCGUUCACGAGGGCGUUCGUCUUCGCCAGCGCCAUCCUGACCUUGCUCUUUGGGGUUCAAGGCCGUUCGUCGGCGAUCGGAUUAUCACAUCAGGUUUCGAUCUUUUCAGACUUUUCUGGCACCACUAAUUUCAUAGAUGGUAUCGUUCUAGGUCUCUACCAUGCUUGAUUCCUAUUUCGUUCUGCAUGUCAUUCCCUUUUUAUGUUCCUUUUUAGGUUUUCUGCUAGAACGUUUUUCCGCUUCCUAUCAGAUAUCAAGGGUGUACUAAUAAGCACGGGGUCUUGCGGUUUCUCUGUCUAGCUCAGAUGCUAUUUCAGAGGCUGGUCUGUUUCCUUGUGGUCUCUAUAUCAGAUGCCUUUUUCUAUAGGGGACCCCAUAUGGGCCACCAGCUUUCGUUUCAGUGAUCAGAUUUCCGUGGUGUUGCAGAAUAUUUAGCGUUUUAUCAUUUUUGUGCCCAUCCUUGGGCUUUUCUUAUGGUAAAAAAGUUGUCCGUUAGUUGUUUGCUCCGUGGCACUUGGCAUCUUUCUGAGUCAUUCUCCAUUGAUCAGAGCACUGAACAGAGUGAAGAAUAUAUCCGUAUCUCCUCUCAAAAAUAAUGUCAUACUUUAUGUUGAUCUGUUGUCUAAUUUAGACAGAAAAUUGCUGAUACUAUUAAGAAUCACAAAGCUGUAGCUGGCCAUGAAAAUAAGAGGAAAUAAAGUGAUGAGGUUGGAAGAGGAGACCAACGAUACACUGAUCCUUGGUAUGGAUGGCCGGCUGGCUGGCUGCAAAAGAACUUGCAUUUGCUGAUUAAAUGCUUUUUAUUCCCUAUUUCCCCCGUUUUUGUUCACUUUUAUGAAGAACGGCAGUGAGAUAGCAUGUGCUUCUAUGUAGGGGCUUACAGUUAAAGAUGAUCCCCCAUGAAAAUUAAAUGCUUUUUAUUCCCUAUCUAUUUGAUCAAAGGGGAAAAAUCGAUCACUUUGGGAACAAACCAAGGAAUUGGUUUAGAAUUGAUAUAAUUCUCGAUGGAGAAAUGACUAGAACUGGAUUAUCCCUCUGAUGUUCUGUAGUUGGACUGCUUUGACGUAGUUCAGCAAACCUAAAUCCCUAGUCAGACCGGGGCGUCUAGGAGGCUACUUCCUAGUGCCAGUCUCGAUUUAAGUGCGGAAAUUGAUGCCAUGGAAUUGACAAGGAGGAGGGAGGGUCCAUCAACCUUCAAUCUAAUUGACGCAACCUGAGUUGCGUCGAGAUGAAGUCUCGCUCCUGAAUCCACAAAAAAGACGAAAUCUCUAUGAAGAUUCCUCGCCCUGAAUGCACAAAACUUGGAAGCUUCAACGUAUGAAUCCACAAGGGGGUGAUCUUGCAUCCCCAAGAUGAAUAGGGUUACCUUGAAUCCAUAAGAGAGGCACCAUAGUCUACCAACAAAGAGAUAGAAUCUCUAAAAGGGGGAAAUUUUGUAAUGUUGAAUAAUGUCUCUAAGGUUACAACAUGGGGCCUUUAAAGAGACGGUUUUGUUAUGAUCGUGUCUUGUAACAGAUUUAGAAAAAGAAAUUUAAAGUGCAAAGAAUAAUCUUUCACUCGUUUAUGAUUCGUUUUAUUAUGAGCCAACUCUGAUUUGGGCCUUUUAUGACCUUCUGAUAUUUUUAGCCCAUCUUUGAAGCUUCAUGGACACUUGGCUCACCAUUUUUAGGUCACCUGGGUCAAAAACCUUUCGUCCUUCUCUUUGAUGUAGUCUAUUUCAUACAUCACUAGCUCUUUUGCCGAUGCAUAGGUAGUCUCUUUCUGUGGGGUCAAUGGUUGACAAGGCUGGAACCUUAUUGAGGAUAUGGAUUCAUUCUUGUUUGCUGAUUUAUUUUCUUGUUUUAGGCUAUUAAUUUCUGGUAUUUAAGUGUAAUUGGGGACUUUCAUUUUAUGCCUUUAAGAAAGGUUUCAUGACCAGGAUAUUUUUCUCUUUGUGUAUCCUCGAAUGUGAACCGUUUUGGAGGCCCUUUAUGUCAUGUUUUAUGAAAAUUUAAUAUUUUUCAAAUUGGAGCUCUUUUAGGAUCAAAACCCGAGGAAAACUUGUGUAUACUUCUUGCUUCAAUUGAUUGGGAUUCUUCCUUUACUAAUUAUUUCCUAUUGCUUCCGUUUCCUCUGUUGUCCCAAGAGUAUUCUCUUCUUCUCCCAUAUCUAAAAGUAUCUAAGCCAAUUUCAUCUUCACCUGUACCAAUUCUCGUUAUUUGACAGUAAUGAGCUGUUGUAAAUGAAACUAGUGAGCGAUUCACUUGUCGAUAUUUGACUGGUUUUGACCAAUUCUUGAGGGAUGACUCUACUUUAUUUAUUUAACUAUAGGGGAUGCUUGACAGUAUGACUAAAUAACAGAAAAGGGGACUCUAUCAUUAUGGAGUAGAUGAGCUACUUGUUAGAUGUACUUCAAAGAUAUACUGAACGAAGUGUAGUUACUUAUUGUGGAGUGUGGCUGCUCACUCCUAAGAAUCUUGGUUGUUCUUGGUCAAGCUGCUAGUUAUUUGGGACAGUUUUGACUGUUCAUCUCGUAAUUAAGCUUCUGUUUUAGUGGUGAGUGAAUAUGGUGUGUGUGGGGGGGAGGGGGGGGAGUUCACCUCUUCUUCCUGUAUCUGAUGUGACCUCCUCUUCCUUAGCUAUGUCCGAUGUGACAUCUUCAGUGAUUGUGUAACAUCUCCAACCUCCUAGGGUGGUGAGGUUGGACUAGCCUAAAUAUGACGUCUCCAUGCUUGCUGGGUUAGGAACUUUCUCAGGUUCUGAGCUUGGACUGUCUCAGCAUAUUGAAGACUACGUUAAUAUAAUGUAUUGGAAUAUUUUUAUGGCUAAAAAGUAGCCUCCUGAUUCACGAAAGUGAUAAGGUUUUAUAAAUAUUAUUAAGGUGGGAGGUGAAGACACUUUAUAACUUGGGAUCAGAUGCCAUCCAUAUAUUUUUGCUCAGCUUGCCCCUCAUGGAAAAGAAAAAAUAUUGCUUAUAGAGGUCUUUUCGUUGCCAAAUGCAUCUCGUUGUUGGUCAAUUGGGUUUUGAUCAACCAUCAUGCACGAAAGAACACUUGAAGAGCCAUUUGCUGGAGUGAACUGAUUAUUUUUUGUAUGCCAGCAAUGCAGUGAAUCUCCUUCCGUACAUGGCCUUUAAACAACUUCAUCCCAGUCCUGUAAGCAUGGCUUCAUUGAUGAUCGAUAAUAUAGUUUUUAAACUCUCUUAUUAAUGAAAAUUGUAAAUCAUCAUUUCCAAAAAAAAAAAAAAAUUGAAUUCCAGUCACUAUUUAAGGUGACCCCUUAUUGAUAAUUUGGUUGGGAAUCCUCUUAUAAAAUGAAGCAAAUGUUGCUCUUAUUCUUGAUAUUUAUUUCUGUCAAAUAGAUGUCUCUAUGUUACUGAUAUUGAAUUGGAUUUCCGUGCCCCAUCUUGUACGCCAGGACAUUUUCAAGAAACUUCAACUAUGGAAAUUAAUCACAUCCGUGUUUGGCUUCUCAUCUACACCAGAACUAGUGUUUGGACUUUAUUUACUCUACUACUUCAGGGUAUUCGAGAGACAGAUCGGCUCCAAUAAGUAUUCGGUAAGUUGUUUUUCAUAAGGCAUCUUUAUCAUCUGUGGGAUGUAGUUUAUUGGUAUUGUUUGCAUUUCCUAUUCGACUGUAAAAACUUUUUUUCUUUGAAUAUACUGGCUUAUGAACCCAUAUCUUAUAUUUCUAACAGGUUCGUCACUACUUGAGAUCCUUGCCUUAAUUUGAGGUUGCUAAAAUGCAUCGCGUAAUUGUGCAGGUGUUUGCCUUAUUUUCUGUGACAGUUUCGUCACUACUUGUGAUCCUUGCCUUGGCGCUCCUUAAAGGUAUGCUCACAUGGCAAGAUUCGUUGAAAUUUCUAUACAUUAGAAUUGAUGUCUUACUGAGAUCUUUGAUGAAUAUUCUUCAAUAUUACCCAUCAAUUAGAGGCUAGUACUUGCCAAACCAUUGCUGAGUUUGAUGAUGCUCUUGUGGUGUAUCUGCCACAGGAUUUUAAAUAAAUACGUUUGUUCAUUUCCUAUUAUUUGUGAACUUUGUUUUGCUGCCCUUCAAGAGUUUUAACAAAUAAUGCUCAAAGGGAUUCUUAGGUUCUCAUGUCAAAAUUGGCAGUUUGACUUCCUCCAGGAUAUAGAACAUGUGAAGAUUGGGGAUAUUCUGACUUUGCCUUGCAAUAGUGUAUAGAUUUUUUUAUUAAUUAUAAAUAUUUCACAUCGAUUUGAUAUAGAAAUGUAUAUACGUAAUAUUUUCAUACACUCUAUGAAGGCCUUUUUCCUUGUUCCAUCUGGAUUUCUGUUGAGAAAUUCAGAAGGCUCUGGAAGGUGAACAUGGCCUAGUGUCUAGCUUCUGGGUUUAGGUUCAUAGUUUUUGAAAAAUGGUGCAUGCAACAGCUGAUGAGCUUAAUAAAAACUUUGUGAAAGGGAGGAAUAUAUGGGAAGAUACUGCACAUUUACUAAUGCCUAACAUUUUUUUAAUUCCUUUCUAUUUCAGAGUAUAAAACAAUUCUUUUCACUCGGUUUUUUUCUACUCUUAUGUAAGAAAACUUGAGUCAAUUAGGAUUACCGUUAAAUUUACCUCUUUUUCGUGUAUCAUGGUUUUAGAAUUUAUGGAAAGAAACAUAGAAAGAAGGAUAGAAAAAAUUCAUGGGGACAGUUCUAUCUAAAUAAAGCUUAAAGAAUUAUUUUGGUGAAAUUCUAUGUUACAUGCUUAGUUUUAUUGCAAGACACAUUAUUCAUUACACAAGAUGCUUUCCAGUUCAAGAAGGGAUUUUGAUUUAUGAUUUGACCGCAAUAGGAAAUAUCUUCUCCAAGAAAAUUUCUUCCUUCCGAAUGGAUAUGUGAAUUGUUCCACGUUUACCACUUCCUGGAACAAUUAUUUUCAGACAGGAAAUUGGGCUUUUCGCCUUUCGAGUAUAUCUGUUCCGUUAAAUUUUAUGACCUAGUGAUGAUGUUAAUUUUCUCUUCUUAUUGAAGGAACCAAUUUUUCCUUUGGAAAUAAUUUUGCGGUGAUUUGCUAUUUAUGCGAUCAAAUUUCUCAUUAUAUUGUUUGCUUUCAGUUUUUCUCUCAAAUAAUUGUUUUGCUUGUUGUUCAUUAAUCCGAUUUCACGAAUAAAUACAAAGUUUGAUCAUUCCAUGGAUAAAAAUUCCUCCCUUGAUUGGAGGUCCGAGUUUUUCUCAAUAGGAGCUUUUGAUAAUCUUUUGUGCCUAUUUAUCAUUCUGUUAAAUAGUAUCAACUGUGGUGGCAUACAUUAGGCAGCUGGAUGUUCAUUUAAUUAUUUAGAAGCGUAACGAUUGACGAAUUAGUUGUCCAAUUGUGAUAAAAAUCAUCUGACUUAGGCAUUUUAUAGACGUCACUGCGUUCAUUAAUCUCAACCGUGUUUGCUUAUGCCAUGUGGUUCAUAUUCAUUGGACUAUACUGUUAGCAGUACGUUGAACUGUUUGAAUAAUGCCAUAUUUGUAUGUAAGAUUAAACUCUUGUGGUUAUAUACUCAUUGGCCAUUGUUUUUUGAUUUUAGAUGGCCUGAUGAUGCUAACAUAUCAUCAAAGUCUAUGGUUUUCCUGGGCUAUUUGCACCCCAUUUAUAUUGUUUUCAUAGUAAAGCUUAAAAAGCUGUUUUUAUAUUAGUGGGUUUACUUCAGUUGUUAUUUUUAUUGAGAUAUAAAAAUAAAGCUGAAAAAUGCGUCUAUCUGUCUCUUUGUCCAUUGGUUUUGAGUUAUCGUGGCUGAGCUGACCAUCGGACGAACUCAUGUUUCAAAAUUAAAUAAAAAAUCUGUGUUUUGAAUUUGCACGGAUGAAUGAUGCUGAACAUCAUAGGGAUCCAUCCAUCUUUCGAAAAAUAAAUAAAUAGAAAUAUUUUUUGCCAUUGCAUCGACAUUAAGCUGUCAUUUAUAUUCAUACAGAACAUUAUACAUUUUCAGCGCAGUUUAUCCAGCCACAUUUUAUCAUGCAUAGUGGCGCCGUGCUUUGUAAAUUAAUGUUUUGAAAUUUCCUGCUAUCUGAUUUGCACCAAAAAAAAAAAAAAGAGGAUAUCAUACUGCCUCUUAUCUUGGUUGUGUCUUCCUUUCCUUCUGCUCUCUCGUGGCGUCAUCUUCCACGGUGGGCCGCUACACUAUCAGUAUGGAUGUGACCCAGAACUUCAUCUGUGGCUUCUUUGCAGAUCCAAGCUUCUAUGCCUUGGCAUCUGGGCCGUACGGUGUGAUAUUUUCAUCCUUUGUGCCAUUCUAUUUUGACAUCCCCGUUUCCUCAAGGUUUCGGAUAUUUGGGGUUCGGCUGACUGACAAGUCAUUCAUAUACUUGGCCGGCCUUCAGGUUACUUAUUCUAGAGAAGAGGUUUCAAUCAGAGAGUUCUCCGUUGAUUUGCUAAUUGUUUCUAAUAAAGGGAAUCCUCCUCACCUGCAGCUUCUUCUAUCUUCCUGGAAACGAUCUCUUCUACCUGGUAUAUGUGGAAUCAUUGCUGGCUCCUUGUAUCGUUUCAAUGUGUUUGGCAUCCGGAGGAUAAAGGUUCUGUUUAAUCCUAUUCCCUCUGCUCCCCUGUAUAGAUUUAUUUAUUUAUUUAUUUAUUGGCUUGUGAUCUCCUUUUUUUCCUAUUUUUGGUUUGAUAAGCAGUAGGUUUCUUUCUCCCGGGUUCAAGAAUCAUUUUUAGAUGAUGAUGAUGAGAAUAUCACCUUUUGGGUUUAUUUUUAUUUUAUUUUAUUUUAUUUUGUAUUUCAUUUUAAAUGUUUAGAUUUAUAUUUUUUCAAAAAAUGGGAGUGCGAUGAUCUGGGUGAUUUUUUUAUGCUUCCCAUCAUAUGUGAACUUUAUUAUAAGAUAUUCUUGAGAUUUAACAUCUUUAUAAACAAGUGGGAAAGACUGAGAAGGCAGAAUGAAAACUUUCUUUUCUUUAAUUUUGGAGGUGGAAAAAUCCCUCUCUUUAAAUAGAAAAUAAUUAAUUGUUCCAAGGUCCAAGCUGUGAAUAAUUGGGGAAACGAGCCACUUUAGUGCAUGGUUUUCAGAUUAUUUUCUCGAUUGAAGAACAUAACUCCGGAAUUAACGUGGUUUUCUUUGGUCAUAGAAGCGAAGCCUCGUUGUAUUCAUUCGUUCAUUGGUAUCUUCAUGAUUUGAUUCUCUGCUAUGAAAUCUGAUUAGUUCAGAGUCAACGCAUCUGUUCUUCUGCUCAUGCGAAAUGGGUCUUCGCUUGGUCUUCAGUUCCCAGAAAUCGUGGCAUCGUUUUUCUCUCGGUUGACUUGGGCUUCUCCCGGCGGCUCUCCUCAUCCAUCUUCAAGCAGGAGCAUAGUGGGAAGCAUCCCUCCUCACUCAGGCAGACGAGCAGAGGCAAGUCUCUCUGCUUUCUUCUCCCCUCAUCAAUCCGCAAUGCUUGCUAUUUCUUCAUAUCAGUGGAAGCAGCUAACUCUCAGAUCUCUUCAGCUGUUCGUCUCCGAUUUUUAUUAAAAUAUAUGAUUUUAUUUUCCUUUUCUGGGCAUCAACAUCUCGCUGUCGUCUCCCCUUUUACUGAAGGAAGAACUGUGAAGAUUUGGUUCCUUUUCUUUUUUUUUUUCCUAGUAAUUCAUCUUUAUAUCUGAUGGAAAAUAUUUUUCAUUUUCUAUUCUGGCUCCAGAUAAAUUACCCUUCUGCCCCUCGCGCUCCAGUCCCCGAGCCACCCGAGGAGUCGGUCGCCACUCUGGUUUCCAUGGGCUUCGACACCAACUCCGCCCGGCAGGCGCUUGUGCAGGCGAGGAACGACCUCAACGCCGCCACAAAUAUUCUUCUUGAAGCUCACUCCCACUGA